UAGCCUGCGCUGUUUAUCCUAUCUCAGUACAAAAGGCUCACUCUCUCACUCAAAGUCCACUUUCCCAAAAUUCGCAUCGUUACGAUUUUUCGCUGUUUCCUUCGUUGAUCUCGAUCAAAUGGCUUGCAAAGAACCAGUUCGCGUCCUCGUUACCGGGGCUGCAGGUCAAAUUGGGUAUGCUCUCGUCCCUAUGAUUGCUAGGGGAGUGAUGUUGGGUGCUGACCAGCCUGUUAUCCUGCACAUGCUUGAUAUCCCACCAGCGGCUGAGGCAUUGAAUGGUGUGAAAAUGGAAUUGGUAGAUGCUGCUUUUCCUCUUCUUAAAGGUGUUGUUGCAACAACUGAUGUUGUUGAAGCAUGCACUGGUGUCAACAUUGCUGUCAUGGUUGGCGGCUUUCCAAGGAAAGAAGGUAUGGAAAGGAAAGAUGUGAUGUCCAAGAAUGUAUCAAUUUACAAGUCACAGGCUUCGGCUCUAGAGAAGCAUGCUGCUGCAAACUGCAAGGUUUUGGUCGUUGCAAACCCUGCAAAUACCAAUGCCUUGAUCUUGAAGGAAUUUGCACCUUCCAUACCUGAGAAAAACAUCACUUGUUUGACAAGACUGGAUCACAACAGGGCUUUGGGACAGAUUUCAGAGAGAUUGAAUGUCCAAGUUAGUGAUGUUAAAAAUGUCAUCAUCUGGGGAAAUCACUCAUCAACUCAGUAUCCAGAUGUCAACCAUGCAACUGUCAAUACACCAUCUGGGGAGAAGCCUGUUCGUCAGCUCGUUAAUGAUGAUGCAUGGUUGAAUGGGGAAUUCAUUACAACUGUUCAACAACGUGGUGCUGCAAUUAUUAAAGCUCGAAAGUUUUCAAGUGCUUUGUCUGCUGCUAGUUCUGCUUGUGACCACAUUCGCGAUUGGGUGCUUGGAACCCCAGAGGGCACUUGGGUAUCCAUGGGAGUGUACUCUGAUGGUUCUUACAAUGUACCAUCUGGUCUUAUUUACUCAUUCCCUGUCACUUGCCGCAAUGGGGAAUGGAAAAUUGUCCAAGGACUUUCCAUUGAUGAGUUAUCAAGGAAGAAGUUGGAUUUGACAGCAGAAGAGCUCUCCGAGGAAAAGGCAUUGGCAUACUCUUGCCUCUCAUGAACAUUGUCCUUUCCUUCUUAGUGUGACUGCCCUCAAUAUGUUUUAAUGGGAAGUAGCUAAAAUUUUGAAUAACGCCAUUGUUAAAGUAUAGAGAACUUCUAAUGAUGGAGAAGCUCCUUCAAUGGGUCUUUACUAUUGUUGAAGAGCGGAUGUUUUGAAUUUUUAGGACCCACAUUUGAAUGUUGUUGGCGAUGAGUUUGAGCUCAUACUGUAGUUUGAUAGUUGUGGUUAUGAUUUCCAUUUGCACUUUCGUGUUUUUGGUUCAAAUAAUUUUUGCUUCUGCAAAUUGUAAUCUCUUUCUGUCCAUAAUCGCUAUGUUCUUGGUAAUCUGUACUAUAAGCGUAUUGAUCGAGUCUUGAGGGUUCAUCUUGUUCACUGUUUCAACAUUUAAUAUAUAAUUUUCAUUUUAACGAUUAUAA